AUGGGUAUUCUAUCAACACUUCGUUCACCAUCAUUGAAAAUGUAUACUUUAUGUUAUCGUUCAAUUAAUACCUCAACAUCAGUACGAUUAAAUGUUUUACAAACAAAAAAAUGGUUUACACAACCUUUCCAGGUCAAUUCAUUAAAAAAUACUUUAAAAUUAUUUGGUUUAACAUUAAGUGCUGGGGUUGCUUUUCAUAGACAAGGAAAUUGUUAUACUAAAAAAGUUAUUACAAAAGAAGCUAAUACAAAAAGAAAUUUAAAUUCAGAGUAUAAUGCAACAUUUCAUGAUUUAUGGAUUAUAUUAAAACCCGUCUUUCAUUAUUUUAUAGCUGCUGUUAUGUGUGUAAUUUGUACAGCAUAUAUAAAUAUAACUAUACCAUUACUUCUUGGAAAAUUAAUUAAUGAGGUAACUGAAAUAUUAAAAUCACAAAAUAUUGGUACAAUUAAUCAAUUACAUCCAUUGGGUAUUAAACUUGUAGGAUUUUAUCUUCUUCAAUCAAUUUUUACAUUUGCUUACAUAUUUUUUAUCUCUGUUAUGGGUGAGGGUAUGGCAAUUAAUUUACGUAAAAAAUUAUUUAAUCAUCUUAUAAAACAUGAUAUGACAUUUUUUGAUAAACAACGUAUUGGUGAAAUAUGUGAUAGAUUAAAUUUUGAUGUUCAAGAAUUUAAAUCUUCAUUUAAAAUGGCUGUUACACAAGGAUUGAAAGCAUUUACUCAAACUGGUGGUAGUGUUAUAUCUUUAUAUUUUCUUUCACCUAAAAUGACUCUUUUUACUAUUGGUAUUAUACCAAUUAUUAUUUUAAUUGGUACAGGUUGUUCGGCAUUUUUAAGAGAAUUAAGUAAACGUUCUCAAGCACAAAAUGGUAAAAUUUCUAGUGUUGCAUCAGAGGCAUUUGGUAAUAUUCGGACAGUUAAAGCAUUUGCCAUGGAAGAUAUAACAAUAGAUAAUUAUACAAAAGAACUUGAAAAUUAUCAAUUAUUAAAUAUAAAACUUGGUGGAGGAAUUGGUCUUUUUCAAUGUGGUACAAAUCUUUUUCUUAAUGGUAUUGUAUUAGGAGUUUUAUGGAGUGGUUCACAAAUGGUUAUAAAAAAUGAAAUGCUUGCAGGUGAAUUAAUGUCAUUUCUUAUAACAGCGCAAAGUAUACAAAAAAGUCUUUCACAAAUUUCUGUUGUUUCUGGUAAUGCUGUUCGUGGUUGGAGUGCUUUAUCAAGAAUCUUUGAAUACCUUAAUAUUAAUCAUUCAUUAAUUUCUGGAAAUAAAAAAAUACCACAUCAUUCAUUAUUUGGGUCUAUUAAAUUUGAAGAUGUUUCUUUCUCCUAUGAAACUAGAAAUAAUCAUUUAGUUCUUGAUGAAAUAAGUUUAGAUAUACCACAUGGAAAAGUUACAGCAUUAUGUGGAAGUUCUGGUGGUGGUAAAAGUACAAUAGCAAGUCUUAUUGAAAGAUUUUAUGAUCCAACAAGUGGAAAAAUAACAUUAGAUGGUUAUAACUUAAAAGAUCUUGAUUCAAAUUGGUUAAGAAAGUUUGUAGUUGGUUAUAUUUCUCAAGAACCAAUAUUAUUCCAUGGAACUAUUGAAGAAAAUAUUCGUUAUGGAAAACCUAAUGCUACAAAUGAAGAAAUAUAUAAUGCAGCUAAAUUAGCUAAUGCUGAUAAAUUUAUAUUAUCAUUCCCAGAUAAAUAUAAUACAAUGGUUGGUGAGAGAGGUGUUACUUUAUCAGGUGGACAAAAACAAAGAAUUGCAAUUGCACGUGCCAUUUUAAAAAAUCCUCCUAUUCUUAUUUUGGAUGAAGCUACAAGUGCAUUAGAUUCAGAAAGUGAACGUUUAGUAUCAGAGGCAUUAAAUAAUGCUACUAAAAAUCGUACAGUACUUGUAAUUGCUCAUCGUAUUAGUACAAUUAAGGAUGCCGAUAAUAUUAUAGUAAUUAAAGAUAAAAAAGUUAUUGAACAAGGUACACAUGAACAACUUAUGCGAAAAAAAGGAAAUUAUUAUCAACUUGUUAAAGCUCAAGAUCUUAGUUAA